AACAAACUGUUUUGCUGGUGCUGUUGUUGUUGUUGUUGUUGCUGUUGCUGUUAUUGCUCUUCUUGUUCUGUUUCUGUUAUAUCUGCUUCUUCUUCUUCUUCUCUUCUUCUCUUCUUCGUCUUCAUAUUCAUCAGCUUCUUGACAUGUCCUCGGCUCCGAAACCAGAUACCCACAACCCGCCCCACACCCUCAACUACGCAGCUUCCUACUACGCAGCUCCUCAACUUCCUCCAACACCUCCGUCCGCAGUAGACAAGGUCCCUUCCCAGCUCCUCCUCGACGCACCUCCAAAGGCACCUCUGAAGACACCCCUAAAGACACCACCACCACCUCCUCCUCCGUUUGCGGCUGCAACCACAGCUGAAAACACAAAAGACACGCAAGAUGAGCCAGCUCCUUCCCACAACUCCAUCUUCUCCCACAAACCAGACAUCACCUUCGCCGACCUCUCGCUGACCGCGCGCGACGCACAGAGAAACCUCGACAAUGAUCUCAGCCGGACCGGGCGCGUCGGCCGUCUCGUGCGGAGCGCCGCCUCUGCGCCCGUGGCGUCAACAUCAAGAGCUACAACCGUCAGCAUCGCGCUCAAACCCGCAAAGACAAAGUCGCUGCCGGUCGCGUUCGACUACGCCGACGACGGGAGGGACUACGAGCGCUCGGAGGAGGAGCUGAUUGAGCGGGAGUGCGUGUACGUCAGACGGUGCUUCAACUGCUUCAAGCCGUGGCGGGGUGAGAGUGCGAUCUGUAAUUCUAUCUAUUCAUAGGCACACCGAAACCGAUUGAGAUUCCGUGGCCGUGGGUGAUCAGGUCGCGACAGAUCCACGAGGCGCAGGUUGCUCGCGCACGCCAUAUUCGGAAGAUGACUGGGCAUUUGCCGUAGGUUGGAUAUGUUUGAGACUGUAUUGAUGUUGCUGUAUUGUUAGUUGCUGUAUUGAUAGUCGCUGUAUAGUAU